AUGCUCACUUGCUCACCCUAGCUUUUGUGUGAGUGGGCAUACGUGUGCAGCACGGACAGAGGAAGAAAGAAUGCAUGUGUGAGACUGUUUUAGCGACCACGAAGAGACAUAGGCAAAAACGACUGCAGGGACAGACAGUAAAUUACACGGGACACAAGGAGAUUGCAUAGAAGCAAACACACAGUCUUGGGGAUCGCAGAGGUACAUGCGCAAGGAGAGAAUGGAAGACAGCCCGGCAGGUUUAGUUCCAGCCUGUAACUCUACGGCUAUACUAAACCACCACUGCACCGAUGACAGUAUCUCUGCAGCAAGCACGUCAGACGUCCAGGACCGCCUGUCAUCUCUGGAGCUGCGGGUGCAGCAGCAGGAAGAUGAGCUGACGGUGAUGAAGGCCGCGCUGGCAGACGUGCUCAGACGUCUCGCUCUGUCCGAAGACUCCGCGGCCACUGCCAAAAAACAGCAGAGCAGCAAAGGUCAGACCCCACUGCGUGAGGCUUAUUCUUUGUCCUGUAUCGCCAAUGGCAGUUCCAUCAGCCGUAAAUCUCACAGAGACAGCUCCACAGUUUCUGUAGCCAGGAAAGAAACACUGUCCUCUGCAGCCAAGAGUGGUGUUGAGCGGAAAAAAGACAAGCCUCAGAUGGAGGGGAUCAAGGAGAAAGAGGAGCUGCCACAGGCUAACGAUAAACCCCCCUCAACACCCAGCACCCCUCAGGCACCGUCCCCUGCCAGCAACCCCCCCUCCCCUCAUCCCCCACCACCCCAAAGGCAGGCCUCGGAGAACAAGGGGUCAGCCCCGGCCAAAAGGGGUAGCAGUGCGAAGCGUGGUGGAGGAAUGGAGCGAUCUCAGAGCAGCACAUGGGAUAGCGGGGAGGAGAACAGGAAUAAGCUGGUGAAGGCGGCCUCCACUUCCAAACUGCUGGCCAAAGUGGCAAAGAAUGUCGAGAAACACAGAGAUCCAGUCAUCAGCCAAGCUAAAAUGUCCACCCGAGAAAAAAACAGUCAAGAGGGAGACUAUAUCAAAAUGUUCAUGCGAGGACGGCCCAUCACGAUGUUCAUCCCAUCAGAUGUGGAGAAUUAUGAUGAUGUCCGCACUGAACUUCCUCCUGAAAGACUCAAGCUGGAGUGGGUAUAUGGUUACAGGGGCCGUGACUGCCGUGCAAAUGUGUACUUGCUCCCUACUGGGGAGAUUGUAUAUUUCAUCGCCUCUGUGGUCGUGCUAUUCAACUAUGAGGAGAGGACACAGCGCCACUACUUAGGACACACUGACUGUGUUAAAUGUCUUGCUGUUCACCCCGAUAAGAUCCGCAUUGCUACAGGACAGAUUGCAGGAGUGGAUAAGGACGGCAGGCCGCUUCAGCCUCAUGUGAGAGUGUGGGACUCUGUCAGUUUGUCCACUCUGCAGAUCAUCGGUCUCGGUACCUUUGAGAGAGGAGUGGGAUCCCUCGCUUUCUCUAAAUCUGACUCAGGCACUCAUCUCAGUGUAAUUGAUGACUCUAAUGAGCACAUGCUUACUGUGUGGGACUGGCAGAAGAAAUCAAAAAUAGCUGAGAUUAAGACGACUAAUGAAGUGGUGUUAGCGGUGGAGUUUCACCCCACUGAUGCCAACACCAUUGUCACUUGCGGAAAGUCCCACAUCUUCUUCUGGACCUGGAGUGGAUCCUCACUCGCCCGCAAACAAGGCAUCUUUGGUAAAUAUGAGAAGCCCAAGUUUGUGCAAUGUUUGGCCUUUCUCAAUAAUGGAGAUAUCCUGACCGGAGACUCGGGAGGAAUUAUGCUGAUAUGGACCCGCAGCACAGCUGAACCAGCACCAGGGAAAGGACCUAAAGGAGCAUUUCAGAUCAGCCGUCAGAUUAAAGCUCAUGACGGCAGUGUCUUCACUCUGUGUCAGAUGAGGAACGGCACUCUUCUCACAGGGGGCGGCAAAGACCACAAGAUUAUUCUGUGGGACCACGACCUGAAUCCAGAGAGAGACAUAGAGGUCCCAGAUCAGUAUGGAACUAUUCGUGCAGUAGCUGAGGGCAAGGGAGAGCAGUUUUUGGUGGGAACUUCUCGCAAUUUCAUUCUGAGGGGCACCUUCAACGAUGGGUUUCAGGUAGAAGUGCAGGGACACACAGAUGAACUGUGGGGUCUGGCCGCCCACCCGUUCAAGGACCUGUUCCUCAGCUGUGCCCAGGACAGGCAGGUGUGUCUGUGGAGCUCAGUGGACCACACGCUGGAAUGGACCAGACUGCUGGACGAGCAUGGGCACUGCGCUGACUUCCAUCCAAGUGGAUCUGUUGUGGCCAUUGGUACUCACUCAGGGAAGUGGUAUGCCCUGGAUGCAGAGACGAGAGACCUGGUGGCCAUCCACACAGAUGGCAAUGAGCAGCUGUCAGUCAUGCGCUACUCUGUCGAUGGCACACUGCUGGCGGUGGGAUCACAUGAUAACUUCAUUUACCUCUACACAGUGUCGGAUAAGGGACGCAAAUACAGCAGAUAUGGGAAAUGCACUGGACAUUCCAGCUACAUUACACAUCUUGACUGGUCCCCCGACAACAAGUUCAUCAUGUCCAAUUCGGGAGACUACGAAAUCCUUUACUGGGACAUUCCAAACGGUUGUAAGUUGAUUCGUAACCGUUCUGAGUGCAAGGACAUCGACUGGGCCACGUAUACCUGUGUGCUCGGAUUCCACGUCUUUGGUGUUUGGCCGGAGGGCUCUGAUGGGACAGACAUUAACGCUCUGGUGCGAUCUCACAACAGGAAGGUGAUUGCUCUUGCUGAUGACUUCUGUAAAGUUCAUCUGUUCCAGUACCCCUGCUCGAGACCGAAGGCCCCAAGCCACAAAUACAGUGCCCACAGCAGUCACGUGACAAACGUGAGCUUCAUGCAUAGUGACAAUCACCUGAUUUCAACGGGCGGAAAGGACAUGAGCAUCAUGCAGUGGCGUCUAGUGGAGAAGGCCUCCUCUCUGGUGCCCAGCGACUCCAGUUUAGGCCUGAGUGAAUCCCUGCUGCACAACUCUUCCCCUCGCAACCUGGCAUCAAUACCCAGCAUCCCCCAGACCCCUACUGAGCUUGUGCCAGUGCCAACCUCUCUACCCAUCAGCACCCAACCCGACACCAACACGCCCCCUCCCACACCCACCAAACCCCUGGACACGCCCACUCCUAAUGGACAGCAGGAUGGCUCGCCUGAAACCCCGCCCCCUUCUGACGAGGCCACGCCUCCUUCUGACAGCACCCCAAGCCCCAAGGACAGCCUUGAGCCUAGCGACGAUACACCCAGUGAUGAGGGCACGCCCUUUAAUCCACCCUUAUAAGAGGGAGGCUCCGUCCACUUUUCUUGCCUGCUCAAUACCCUGCCCUAAGGCACCAGCAUGUCACUGAAGCCUUUCUGUUAGAGUACAAAAGCAGGGUCUCCUCAACUUUUUUAUCAACCUUUCAAGGUUUUCUGUUUGUUUUGUCUUAGUUUGCGGUUAUGUUGACGUUUUGAUCAUUAAAUGUGGUUGUGGAGGCAGUGGUUUGGGUUGGAUGGGGAGAGGAAUUUGGAAUGUGUAGUUAAAGGGAUGGAUCACCCAAAUAUUUAAAUUUUGUCAUUAUUUACUCACCCUCAUAUGGUUCCAAACACAAAAAGGAGACAUUUUCAAUGAUUUUCUAUGAUCCAUGAACAUUCUUUAAAACAUUGUGUUCCACAGAAGAAAGUCAUAUGAGUUUGAAACAGCAUGAGGGUGAGUAAAUGAUGACAGAAUUUUCAUUUUUGGGUGAACUGUCCCUUUAAAAGCUUUUUUGCAAGAUGCACACAAAAACUCAAGUAUACCAAAAAGUUUACAUUGACAUACACACACAACCAUACAAACACUAACACACACACACACACACACACACACACACACACAUAUACAUCAGUGACUGUGAUUUGUCAUAAUACAAUGAAAAUGGAUGAAAUCCGAGACCUAUCAAAAGCCUGGUUUCAUCAUAUUUAAUGAUUCAACAGUUUUAGAUAUGAACACACCAGUGCAUACACAUUCAUGCAUAUACAGUAUACAACACACCAAUAACAACAUAAAAUAUUGACAUAUGGUUUAGAUUUAUUGGCAUAUUGCAUAUACAGUAAUUGGGUAAGUUUUUACUCUUAUUAAUUAAGCAUAAAAUUUUAAUUUCGUAGAAUAUCCAAAUAGUUUCUGCACUUAAAUAAGUAAAUCUUAAAGGAAUGGUUCAACCAAAAAUGUAAACUUUUAUCAUUUACUCACCCUCAUGUUGUUUCACACCUAUAUGACUCACUUUCUUCUGUGAACACAGAAGGAGAAAAAAUAAUGGCCGCUCUUUUCCAUUUAAUGAAAGUGAAUGGGGACUGGGCCUGUCAGUCUCCAAAAUGACAAAAAAAAACAAACAAAAAAAAAACAUAAAUGUAGUUCACACGACUUGUGCACUAUAUUAAAAUUCACCUUUUGUGUUCCACUAAAAACCUCUCAGCAUGUGGGUUUGGAACACAUGAGGGUAAGUAAAUAAUAACAGAAUUUUCAUUUUUGGCUAAUCUAUCCCUUUAAAUAUUAAAUUGUUCUCUCACUCUGUAAACAUUAGUGGAUGAUUGCAUAGCAACUGACCCUUGGCAAAAAACAACAGGAUGUACUUAUUUGGACAUGCCAGGCAGGUACCCCUGGCUCAUUGGUCGAACUCAAGGACCUCAUAGAUUCCAUUGGAUGCUUCUGCAAUUUGCAGUGGUCAUAUUUAAUUUUUUGAUUUCUGUAGAGAACUGCGCAAUUGUUGCCGCUUUUUAGAAUAAUAGCUGUUAACGGCAAUACACUUCAUUUACCACAAACACAGCUACUAACAAACACAAACACUUACACACGUAUGUACACACAAUUACUUGCUCAAAAACCCGAUUUGCCUCAAAAUGGGACCUGCAUGGUAAAAUUCCCCAGUUUCAGUGUCAGAUGACACACAAAUAUCAUACAUUUAUCAGAAGUCUCACCUGUCUGUCUAAUGAUGCCAUGUCACCCACACACAUCCCCCAGUUCUCUCUGUCAGAUGAGAGAUCUCCUGUGCGUUCAUAUGAUCCGUUUUUAACCUUUGAUCUUCUUGGUCUUCCUACUGAGACCAGAUUGUUUUUAUGUUUCAUUUUGGGACUGUUUUGCUUGUCAUGUUGUUCAUUGGACUGAGAUUGUUUUUUAUGGUAUGAGAGAAAAUUAAACAAGUCUUAAAUGCAAGUGUGAGUGUGUACGUGCGCGUGCGCGUGCGAUUUGGCACUUAUUUCAUUCCGCAAAGAGUAGUUGCUCUCUUUCUCUCUUUCUUCCACUCACAUUUUCUCAGGAUCACUCUUUUGCAAAGACAAAGAAAGUUCAUGGAAGAAAGAAUAAUUUUUUCCCCACUCCUUUAUGUAACACUUACAAAAAUAGCAUGGUAUUAUGAUGGUUUUUGAACAUAUACCAUGGUAAUACCAUAAUUUUUUGAACGUAAAAAAAAUAAAAAAUAAAUAAAUAAAAAAAAUCAUAGUAUUACCAUAGUACAUGUACAUUGAAAUACUAUGUAGGAUGAAUUUAGAUACAUUUGGGCAGUUUUUUACAGCCAUUGUCUUGUAGCUGCCGAAUUUCCCCCAAUUUAGCAUAUGGUAUGCUUUAUAAAUAUGGUUAUCAUAUAUAUUAGUCUAUUAUAUAUACAGUAUUUUAGAGUAUCACGGUAUUACCAUACCAACACUGUACCAUGGUACCACCACAAGUACUUUUUGUGAGGGAAUACUUAACCUUUUUUUUAUGUUUCUCUCAACAGUGCAUGGAGAGAUGGAUGUGAGAAGUGUAAAAGAAGUGUUUAUGUUCAUUGAAGAUUAAACAGCCUGCAGUGCAGAUUUCUCGAGCUGUGAAUGUCUUACGUGCCUCGAUGUCAUGAGAUAAAGCAAUUCAUUUUAGACAAAAGAAUCAAUAUCAGAUAUACACAAGGGCUCAGCUGCAAAGUGAAGUUGCCUCCAGUGCUGUACUGUGAUCUGUUACCCCCUCUCAAACCCAAAUCAUCAAUAUAACACCAAAAGAGACAUGAAAACAGUUUUUAGAUCAGCUACCGGAGGCAACUUCUACAUUUUUGCGACGGUCCAUGGUACUUAAAAGGCAUUGUUUGUGCACCCUUAUGAAAAUUGAGAGUUCAGGGCAAAUUUGCCGCAAAUUCACCAAUGAUCAUUUUCACACGCAAAUGAGCUUUGCGGAAAAUUGUCCAUUGUUGCCAGAGGUUUGUCAUAGGUUCACCACUACCUGCGAAGAGCCGCAAAUUUCUGGCAAACAUUUGCGGCGAAUUAAAAGCUCAUUUGCAUGUAAAAAUAACGAGCAGAAAAUGUGCUGUAAGUUUGCGGCUAGUUUAGAUUUUUUGAAAGGGAAGUCUGUAUGUUUAAAAGCAUGAGACGUUGAAAGCAUGGUUUACCCUCUCAGAAUUUCAGUUGUGAAGCUGUAUUGACUUGCGGUAUUGAGAAAUACAUGGCUCAAAUACAUAUUUACAGUAAUUUGGGUUUUGUUCCUUGUUUUAAUGGUGAAUGAAAGUAAUGUGUGUAUAUGUAAUGUGUAAAAAAGUACACAAGUAUUGUAUGUGGGUAUUUUUUAUUCCCACAUGUGUGAUUGUUUUGGUUCAAGUGCAUGAAAUGGAAGUAAUUAGUGAUUAAUGGCUUUAGCAAAGUUUAGAUAGAUGGAAUGAUGGAACUGAUUGUUUAUGUGGUCUUGGUGUGUGGUGUGAAGUUUGUGCAACAUUUGAGCUGUAGACAUAGCGUCCCUCAGCUGGUCUGCAGUUAACUUUUUAUACCUUUUUUAUGUCCAACGCUUCACGAACUGCUCUUGUUUUUUUUGUUGGUUUUUUUUUUUUAAAGCAAGUCGGAAGGUUUUCACAUAGAUUGCCUUAGAUUUCCAAGGAUUUAUAAUGGUGUUUUUUCAUAUUUUUCUCUUGUCAUAUAGCUUUAAUGCAAAAUGUCACUCCUGAAGGUCUGGCCGAUUGACACUCCUUUAUAUCAAAGUGUCAGCCUUAUCUCGUUAAAUUGCGUGUCUGUUGCGACAACUUUGCAAAAUGUCAUUACGUUGUUCGUUACACGUAUCGCGGCAAUUCCGAGGUGAAAUCAAAAGCAAAUGUAACAUUAAAAAAGCAAUUGCUGAAGCAACCAUGUCAUUUUGUGGCGCUUAUGUAACAUUUCGGCUCAAGACUCACUUUUGGCUCUGCAGGACUCUUAUCCCAAUUUUUUUUUCAUCGCAAAUGCAACACUCUUUGAGUUGAGCAACCACCGUACAUCUUUCUUGCACUUGAACAAGCUUGUAAAUGUAGUUGGUUAUGUAAUACAAAUCAAUGUUAAAAUGUAUCGCCUUACAAGACAAGUGUUUAGAUGUCAUAAGAUAGCAUUGUGUGAGGAACAGGGCGAAAAGUACAUUUACUUAUGAUUAGUGUGAAAGUUAAAAAUAGUCCUUGUAGUGCCUCUAGUGUUUAUUUCACCAGGAAAUUGAUGCGAUAAGUACAAUGAGCCAUGUAAGAUCAUUUUACAUAAAUGUAGGUAACGUGAUUCUAUGAGACUAGGUUGCAAAGUCUGUAUUCAUCAACCUCUUGAAACUACAGGAAACCACUGAUAUAUAGAAAGGGCAACCCUCAAAAGCUUUACGGUAGUUGCAGGGGAGGUCUUUAUUGUCAGUCUUUGUUGUUGCAUUCAGGGCUGGCUUUAUUGUGUAUAUAUUGGUGUACCUGUAUGUAUACAACUAUUUUCUGGGAAGGGAGGUACUCUGAAAUGCAGGGGGAAUGCUUUUUUAAAUUUCUUUAGCUAUGAAGAGGACCCUUUUUGUAUGUCCGUGAGAAAACUGGGGGAUUCUUCACCUGUGAAUGCAGGUUCAGUGGCCUUUUGGCAUGGAAACUUAUUUUACAUAAGCAGAAUUUGUUGCACUAUGUCUGGUGUAGUUCUUCCUGAAUAUUGCUCAGUUUAGAGAACAAGUUAGACUCCAUGGCUUUUCGGUGGAUCUUAUAUCACGUCCAAGAACAUAGAAGAACGUGGUUUUCUAAGCUGAGACUGGUUAGCUGAAUGGAGCAUCCCUGCUGAAAAGACCUAGAUUUCUGGUCACCAACUUAUGUUGAACUUUGGGUGCUGGUCCCCCAGCAUGGGAUGCUGGUGUCCCCACCAGGUUUUUAAACUAGCUUAACCAGCUUCAUCAGAAAGAUGCAUUGCAUUGCAUGCUGAGUGUCAUUUAGAUAAUUUGCCUUGAUAAUUGAUUUAGAAAUGAAUGGUAAAUGUGUUGGAAUUGUACUGGUGAAAGGUUUUGGUGUUUGAGAUGGUAAAACACAAGUGCGAAUAGACAGUGAUCUCUCAGUUUGAUACCUGAAAUGACAACAGUGUUUUUCACUCUGUUUUCCACACAACAGAGUGGAAAAUUACAGUGUAGAUUCUAUGCCGGUAGGUUUGUUUACACUUGGAGGAAAUGUUGGGCUUGACUGCAGCUCUGGACUCUCAAAUGCGUUGCUAUUUGCUGGGCAUUUCAUCAAAUCCUCAUCGCAUAAAGGUGCAGAGAAAAAGCUUUUCAAAUAGAAGCCUUUUUGAUAAACAGAAUGAUGGUUAUGAGAACCUCAGUGAUGAAGAUCCUGAAUAUGCAAAUGAUAAAAUGAUAUGUAAACAAAAUAUGAAAAAGGCAAAACCUUUUUUUUUUUUCUUCUUCUUGUGACAAAGUUUGAGCCAAUCUGUCUCUUAUGCAUUCCUGUCAAUGGGCAGAAAACAUACUGAAGAUUUUAGAAAAUAAAGAAACAUUUUAAAACAUUCUUGUAAUGUUUAUUUUCUUCUAUUUAGAUGUACACUCAGUUUAUAUUUAAGAUAUAUGCAUUUCAAUUAUAUAACAACAUUCCAUCAAACUGAAUUGAGUAAUCAUUAAAUAAUCUACAUUAUUUAAUUUAAAUGUAAUGCAUACAUGUGAAGUAUUUAAUUAUAAUUUCAUUUUAAUAAUUUGUAUUAUGCUUAAUAAUAUGUACCUUUUGUUAAAGAUUACUCAAUCAAUUUUGAUAGAUAUCUGUCUUGUAAUGUAAAUGUGUAAAUUAAAAAUAAGAUUUGUUUCUGAAUAUUUAUUUAUUUAAUUAUUUAUGUAGAUGUUUGUUCAGCCAUUUUUCUCUUGGAGACCUCUUAAAAGUGCUCUAGGUAGUUUAUGUAUGUAUCUAAAUAGGUUUACAGUACGUUUGACAAAUUAAAACUGUCAUAUCAGUGAACUUUAAAAGUCUCUUAACCAGAACAUUACUACUUACUUUGCUGCUCAAUAACUCUCCUAUUAUCAUACACUUUCAGUUAUGGAAUAACUAAAGGCCAAAUAAGCCUUUGAAUAAGGUCAUUUUACAGUGCCAUCGGUAUCUGAAAAACUUUACUUUGCAUGAUGCUACAUCCACACCAAUAGGUGUCAGUAUACAGUCCGAGACCACUGUCAUCAGACAACAAAACAAACAUAUAUGACUAGUGUAACCAUUAGUGCACUUUUAGACUGAAGUUUGGACUAGUAAACAAGAAUUUCAGACUGUGGAAUUGCCCUUGAAUUAUGUAUCAAGUUUGAGAUAGAUUAUCAUUGAGGUUAUGUUGUAGUGAACUUGUGUACUCUACAGUAUAUCUCAUCGACAGAGAUGUGGGUACACUCCGGCUAGCUUCCUGCUUUAACGUGACACUGUGUUCUUUCACUAUUUACUGUAAAUAAAUAACUCACCAGGCCAACAUUUUUUUUUCUUUUACACACACACACACAUACACACACACACAUCUUGGUCUAUGUACGUGCGAUAGCUAGUUUGCUUCAAAACUUGGAGAAAAGUCAACAUGUCCCUUUCAGACAGCAUGACUAAUGUGAUUUCUCAACAUAAUUUGACAACAAAAGGCAGACAAACACACAUGUUUGUACAACAUUCUUAAAUUAUCCUCAGGAUAUCAGAACCAUCUAGACUUAAAGCAUAAAAUUCAGGCUAAUUUGUUGGACACUUCUUUUAUUACUUUCAGUCAUGUUUUAUUGAUGUCAGGUUAUAAAAUUAAAAUAGCGAUGAAUGAGGCGUAAAAGUAAGCUCAUGGUUUGCAGACUCUACAGCUCU